CAAACAGAAGAACUGCAACGUGUUGGCAAUCGUUUCACUUUGGUUGGUGGGAUGUUUACGUUGAAUAGGUCAAGUUGUUUGCCAUUUUUCUAAAGAACAAGAUUAGUUGCCAUUUUCAUGGCUGUGUUCUUGGUCGCUAAAACUGAUGUUCAAUGAUUUCAUCUUGAGAAUCUUGCUGUUAACUGUCAAUAGUGCACAAGGAAGCAAGUUGCAGUAGACAUGGAUCCCAACGGAGGCGUGCCGAACAAGUCACCAUUGCACGCAUCACAAACUGCAAGAGCCUACAUGGCUGCUGCUCCUGUUGGUGCUGCCAGGAAGAAGCACCCAGGGAAAGCUAUUAUGGCAGGUGGUAUUGCAGGUGGAUUGGAGGUGUGCUGCACUUUCCCAACAGAAUAUGUUAAAACCCAGCUUCAACUAGAUGCUCAUGCUAGUGUUCCCAAAUAUACAGGUGUUAUGAACUGUGCUGCGGUUACAGUGAAAGAACAUGGAUUCUUUGGACUCUAUAGAGGAAUUAGUUCACUUCUUUAUGGAUCAAUACCAAAGGCAUCAGUAAGGUUUGCAACAUAUGAAUACUUGAGAAACACAUUUGCAGAUGAAAAAGGGAAGAUGUCACAAGUGCAUACAUUAUUGUCUGGCCUAGGGGCAGGUGUAGCUGAAGCUAUUGUUAUUGUUUGUCCAAUGGAAACAAUAAAAGUCAAAUUUAUACAUGAUCAAACUCAGCCAAACCCAAAAUAUAAAGGAUUUUUCAGUGGUGUAUAUACAAUUGUGAAAACUGAAGGAAUACGCGGCACAUAUCAAGGACUGCUACCAACAAUUUUGAAACAAGGGUCAAACCAAGCCAUUAGAUUUUUUGUCUUCAAUAACCUAAAGGCCUAUUUCCAAGGAGGUGAUAAUACUAAGGAGAUUGGUCCUGUUAAGACUUUCUUUAUUGGAGGUAUUGCUGGAGCUGCUAGUGUUUUUGGUAACACUCCUAUUGAUGUUGUGAAAACUAGAAUGCAGGGUCUUGAAGCACAUAAAUACAAAGGAAUGGUUGACUGUAUUGUGAGAACAUGGAAAGAGGAGGGCGCAAGAGCGUUUUACAAAGGCACAGUGCCCCGUCUAGGCCGAGUGUGUUUUGAUGUUGCUUUUACAUUUACAAUAUAUGAACAAACAAUGAAAUUAUUGGAUUUUGUUUGGAAAACCGAUUAGUACUCUAUAAUGGUGGAACAAUAAAACAAUGAUAUGAAACAUUUUGUGAUGUGACAGAUAAUGUUAUUCUAUUACAUAGUAUGUAAUUGGUUUCUGAGUGAGUGUUAAAUGCUUUUUAUAUAUAGACUCUUCAUUAGAAAGGCAUAUAUGUGCUAGAUUUGUCAGUUACUUAGUAUACUUUUUGGAAAAUAUGGAGAGCUCCUUAUUUCAUUCAGUUAGAAUUGACACAAAACUUUAUUUUUAAAAAUAUUUCUUUUGCAUAAACGAUAGAUGUUGUAUUUUGUCUGAUAAUUAUUGAUAUUGAUGUCUGAUAGCGAAAGUCUUACUUCAACAAGAAAGAAAUCGUUUAUUAAAUGUAUAAUAAUAAGUGCUUAAACUAUAUGUAUUAUGAAAUGAAAUAGUUACAAUAAAGCAGUUCUUCACUUAUCUGCACUUCAUAAUAAAGACUUUGGUGAUCUGUCUAAAAUGGCUAUACCUAAUUAAAAAUUAUAUUUCGAAGUAAACCCAAUUUUUUUAUUUAAGCUAAGUCUUUUUACUUACUUGCUGUAUAACUUCUGUGAACAGUAAUUUCAAAAUAAAUCCUUUCAAAAAUAUUGAACAGUAUCAUACAAAUUUCGAUUAAAACUUUUGUAACACAAACAUCAGAACAGGUUACAAAAUAGGCACUCAAGCUGAAAUGCAUUUUGUUGAACAUAAAUUAUGUUACCAUUUCCUCUGGAAGUAAUAUUUAGGUAAGAACCCAUUUAUAAAGAUUAAAUUUUUUUCACAUCAGGUUUCUUUAACAAAGGCAAAUUUGAAACUACCUUGUUGAGAAAAAAAUAAGAGAAAAUAUGUUUCAUUGAGCAUUACUUUUUAAAACAAAUAAUACUACUGCUCUUUAAAACACAUACUGCUAUUUUAAUGGCAAUUUGUAAAUUAAUCAAUAAGCAUCUAUGUUGGAAAAACAUUUUAGAAAUUCUAGUUCUUUUGGGCGUUAACAUUUUGCCAGUUUUUUAAUGGCUAGCAACUUGAAAUAAUUUUAAUUGAAAUUAUCAUUGUUUGAAAUGUUGCAAGUAACUGUAACAGUGAAGUAAUUACUGUCAUUCAAAUUCUGGAUUUUGACAUGAGAUUUUCUUGUGACGCUAA